AACAGGAAAUCAUUAACCACUUGGAUGAAACUCUGUUCUAACUGGCAUGGAAAGAACUUCGUGCGACUGACCACCAACAUUCUAAAAAGAAAAAGAUGCACAUAAGAGCAACAUUUAAAACAAAAGAAAGCUGAUUGUUUCAUUGUUUCAAAGAUUCUCGAGUGUUGAAAUAAAUUAUGAGCUGGUGUGAGACUCAGGACAAAAUUGCUAGCCUACAUAGGUCAUCAUGACCAAUCCAAACAGUUGCUCGAUCGGUGCUAAAAUUCUUGAAAAUCCAGCUUGAGCAAGAAGUUUAGCAUCAGUACUUUCUGUCCGUCCCGACAAGAUAUUUGAUUGGGUUGUAGCCCACCUGAUUGAACAAAGAAAAGGAAACCCAAAAGCGGAUUGACUUCUCAUUCGCAUGCGUUUUGAUGAUUUUCUACUGGGCCAAUGACACCGAUCUAGCUACUUUUUUAAUUGUAGAUUAAAAUGGAGUUAUAUUCCCAGCUAGCUUAGCUUAUUUGUAGGAAAAAUAAUCUAGAACAAGCCAUGCAAAAGAUGUUUUUUUUCUCACUGAGUUGUCAUGUCAUCUGUCUAUCGCUCUCGAAGUGGGUUGUGGUGGUUGACGUUGAGGAAGCAUUAUAAUUAUUUGGUCCGCCAAUAUAAUCGACUAGAAAAAGCAGCUGUCACCUGUUAUUAAUAUUGUUUAUUAGUGCAACAAAUCAAUUAAUUAAUUACUUUUUAAAUUUGUCCCAUGGUAUAUAUGCAUUACAAUUACAGUAUAAAAAAUAGAUGAUACGUACACAUUUGUGAUGACAAAUCCCCGAUCGAAUCAUUUAUAAUUUAUUAGAAAGAGGAGAUGUUGCAUUAUUACAUAGUUGGAUGGGCUACAUGUAUGGUGGGUGACUGUUAAGGGCAAAGUUAUCCCUGCAAAGACUUUCAGCUUACCAACCUCACAGUAAAAGGAUUUGAGCAGCUCCACAUAACAAACUCUGUAAUACAGACAUUGCAUGCAUGGGUCGUGCUCCUUAGCCUCUGUACAAAACAGAACGUAGCAUUAGCUCUAGAAUAUUCUAUUUGUUGUAGUUAGGGUUGAACAAAAAGCCCGAAAACCUGAAUUGACCUAUUUUUUGAAGUUGCCCGAUCCGAAAAUCCGAACCAUUUGUGAUUAAAAUCAGAAACGAGUAUUACCCGUUACCUGAUUUAAGCAUCUUCUUUGUUUAUUUCUUUUUUGUAUUUUUGGGUUUUCCUUUUGGGUAGUCGAUGUACUCUAUUUUUCUCUGCUAUCAUCAUAUUUUGCAGCAUUCAGGUUGCAUUCGAGUGUCGCACGCAAACCGACAACCCAUGAAGAAUUCCAUCGGAGCCUUGAAGGAGAGCUCUUGGAUGAUAAAUGAAACGACGUAUAAACCCAUGAGUUCCAGAGAAAGUUACUGGGCCUGAGAACACGAUUAAAGAUGCUGGUAGAGUAGGAGAUGGUGGAGAGGGAGUAGGAGAGGGAGACGAAAAGGGUGACAACGAAGUGGUCUUGCUCGAGGCCUUUGUGGAUGAUGUGGGCGUGGAGUUUGUGGAGGUGGAGGGAGGUCUUGCAGGCUCUCUUCUGUUUAUAGUUUUUUCCCCUAUUUUUGCUCUUCAAAACCCGAAAUCUGUAAAUGUAUAAUAUAAUGUCAAACGCCAGCUUAGAUGGAGGACAAAGCGGUGGAGCAGCGCGAGGCAAGGUGGAUAUAGUGGCAGUCAAACCCUAACCCACGUGAAAGAGAAUCCUAACAGAAGGUGGAAGUAGAGAAGUGGGUGAUCUGUAUGCAGGUUCAUUUCAAUUUCUUUUGCUUGCUUGGAUUGAAUUCUUGAAACUCAUUUGAGUACUGGGCAGUGGUCUUAGAGAGGGCCCAAAGUUUAGCCAGCCAAGUCGAUGCUCCCAAUAAGAAGAAGAAUUCGGGUAAUUGGUAAUCUCCUAAUUGGUAUGAAACAUAUUCGGGUCGGGUCGGAAAUUGGUAUUUCCAGGUCGGUGAACUCCCCUAGUUGUAGCUCAUAUCUAUAAAAAGGCCAUCAUGUAUUAGCAUUAUUUGAAUCAAUGAAAUACAUACAAAUUCAUAACUGCAACAUGGUAUCAGAGACCUAAAGGACUAAACGUCCAUGGCUUCCGCAUGUGAUUCCACUUCUCCCACCCUUCCUCACCCAAACUUCUCUCACGCCAUUUCUUUCAAGCUCACCGCUGAUAACUACUUGUUAUGGAAGGUGCAACUAGUAUCUUACUUUUGUGGCCAAUGCCUUUAUAGGUACGUUGAUGGUACCUGCCCUUCACCCAAACUUGAGCUCGAUGAUAACACCCCAAACCUUGCUCACGAUAUAUGGUUCCAAUAGGACCAGCUAGUUAUGUCCGCCCUCAUUUCUUCCCUCUCUGACUACCUCAUCUCCCAAGUGGUUGGUUGUGAUUCUGCUCGAGCCGUCUGGCUUUCAUGGCUGCAUUUGGUCGACCUUUACCUCCUGCCGAGUUUGUUCCUUACCUUUUCACUUGCCUUGGCUUGAAUUAUGAUGCCCUUGUUUCUUUUGUCACUACUCAGCUUGAACCCAUUUCUCCUAUGGAACUGCUUGGCCACUUACUGGCCCAUGAAGCACAUUUGCUUCAUCACUUAGAUAUGUGUACCUUCCCUAUGGAAGCUUUUGCCAAUCUUACAACAAACUCUUCCCUUACUUCAAUUGGCCGAGGGCCUCGUAGUGGUCAAAGUUCAUAUAUGGAUGCAAUGGUGGUUGUUUUUAAUCACAUCGUGGUCGUGCUAGCACUACAGGACUGCAAAUUGGGGAAGAUGCUUCUUCACGAGACAACAAAUGAUGGUUUAUACUCCUUCUCACAAUUGGCUCCAUCACCAUCAGCUCAAACCAAUCUUCUCUCGGUUCCUCUAUGGCACUCAAGACUUGGCCAUCCUUCCAUCAAACUUAUUACCUAUAUCCUUCAGCAACAUAAUUUACCUUAUCAGUAUACUGUAACUCCUUUUUGUAAUGCAUGUGCUUAGGAUAAACACCAUCAGUUUCUAACUUAUAAAUGUCUACAUAAAUCCAAUGCUCCUUUUCAACUUA